ACUUUGUGCUAUCGUGGGCAACCAGGUAGAAAUGGUAUUCCUGGUAUAAAUGGAAUUCCGGGAUCCCCUGGUGCACCCGGCCGUGAUGGUCGUGAUGGAAUCAAAGGAGAACAAGGAAGUCCGGGAAACACUGGACCCCAGGGACCUUCUGGAGAGAAAGGAAUGAAAGGAGAGCGUGGUAUGCAGGGUCCUGUUGGUCCCAAGGGAGAUCAAGGGCAGAAAGGUGACAGUGCCAGCCAAGGAGGGCCUGCCAACCUUGCUUCCCAUUUGAACUGGAAGGAAUGCACGUUUACAAAGGUGGACCAUAGAGAUACGGGAGAGAUAUAUGUAAGUUGCUCUUUGCCAAAUAUCACUACAAUAACAUGAAAAUGAAUGUCGGCAAGAUUGCAGAACUUGGAAUAUUAUUGACACAAGCCUAUUAGAUGACAGAAGGUAUGAUAAAACCAGGAAAUUAUUUAGCGAAUUAACUAACUUUAAUCUCGGAGUAGUCAAUCGAUUAAAAUCGGUAUCGAUUAAUCAAUCGACAAAAAUCGAUAAAUUUGAUGUGAUUACACACAGAAGUUUCCCUCUAAAACAUUUAAUUUUGUUCAAUGACAAAAACGGUGCGGCUUAAUUACAUCCAGCAGUGCCGGAUCCACACCUUGAGAUAAGGGGUGGGGGGCCUCCAAAAAAAUUUUUUUCGGCGCUUGGGGCCUCAGUUUGGUCUAAAAAUAGGGGGGCCGGGCCCCCUGAUUCCGCCACUGUCCAGUUCUCUCUGGCUAGAAAUACAACCUUAGAUGAAGAUCUCCUACCCUGAAUUCCAGACAUUCCCUCGAGACUAAGCGGCCGGUGUCUGAACUUAAUUCAGGUUAAAAGAUUACUCUAGAUAGAUUUUCACCGUUUUCCCUUAUCAAUCGAUAAAAUCACUUGAUUGCUACCGAUUUUCACCGAUUUCGAUUUUUAUUCGAUUUUUAUCUGUUAACUAGUCCGUGAUGUAGCUACAACCGAAAUGUUGAAAGGAUGUCGGGUCUAAAUCGUGAAAUUGGGCGCCUUUAAAACUGGCCAAUAUCAGCCAUCAGAAGAAGAUUUUUAGCCUGGUUUUAAAGAAAAGAUAAGAUCGUUUUAAAGAUUAUUUCUACAAGAAGUGAGGGUAAUUGUUUGAUCCUUCGACUCUCAAUUGAAACUCAAUUGUCAACAAAUUUACUGUCUGCAUUAACAAUUGUUUCCAUUUGUUGUUGAACAGAUGAGCUGAUGUAGCUUUCCGAUAUAAAUCGAUGAAAUCGGGAAAAAGUAAGAUAAAUCGUUGAACGAAGUGAGUGUGUCAUCGAUUUCUACCGAUUGACCGAUACAACCGAUGUCAAUCAAUCAGAUUUACCGAUUUUUAUCGAUUUAGUGAUUGAUAAAUCGAUACCGAUUUUUAUCGACUGACUACUCCGGGCUCUUUAACAGUGAUUUUAUCCUUGUCCGAUCGCUAUAAAACUUUCACCAGUGAAUGACUAUGAAUGGAAGUUUGUCAAAAUGUAGUUUUAAGUAAAAUCGAUAUCACUAUAAAAACAAUAAAAGAAAAAAAUUGAAAUCGAUUAAAGUCCAAUUUUGUGCGAUCUAGACCUACUACUGAAAAUCCGAUACCAGGAACUUUAAGCGUGGUCCUCCAUGAGAAGUAAAACGUCUUUACAUUUGAAUUCAAAUAAAGCGUAAAUAUAUUACAAAUCUUAUAUUUUCAAUAGCCGUGAAAAAUGGAUUGAUAAAAAAGAUCUAAAUAUCUCAAAUUAAUCUUAAGUAUGAUUGAGAAUGCUGCUUGAUAUCAUUAUUCACUUCUUGGAGAUUUUGCUGUAUUUUCUUUCUUGCGAUUGUGAAAACUAACCCGUUUUCUCAUCACCUGUCUAAGUUAACUUUAUUAUAAAUUUUGACUUUUAGUGCUUUUCUGUAUAUCUUUGAAACGGCUCGACAGAACUCUUUUUAAACCUCAUCACAUAAUCUUCACGAUGCCUGAAAUUUUCAUUAAGAUUGAUUAACUGCAACACCUUGAAAUUUCAAGACGAACUUAGCCUUCGAAGAGGCCAAAAAUCCGCGCUAUAAAAUUCACUGAGGGGCACCCACGUCAAUUUUCGGAAAAUAUCUGUUCGGAAGACGAUUUGAGAUCUAGAAUUUUCGGAACAUUUUUUGUAAAAUUUCUUGCUUGCCUACCUCUCCUAGGAUUUUCGAACAUCUAAAAAUUGGUGUAAUUGCCCAUUUUUAACGGAUUUUUACCCUAAAAAGCUCACUUAGAAUUUUCGGGAGCCUUAAGCUUUUUCAAGCUGAAAUUUUCGAAAAGGUAAGUUUUCAUCCCUAUGAUUUUCGGAUCUCGAGACUUUCAGCUUGGAAAUCCGAACAGAUGAAAAAUUUUUAGGGGAUAAAAAUAUUCCUAUAUCUACCGUUUAAAUACUAAAAUACGUUUAACAAUGCUAUGUUGAAGUGGUUUUGAACUAUAUUCUCGUUGGGUGCCCCUGAUUCACUGUUUUGAUGUUACGCUUACAAUUAAAUAUGAUGGGCAAAGUCGAUCUGUUUAUUUCAUUUUGACUCUUGUAGAGCUGCGAAUUCAUGAAGAAAUACACCGAAACUUCUCUCCAUGUUUACUUCGCUGGUAAUCUCCGGAUCUACAACUGUAACGACUGCUGCAGUCGUUGGUAUUUCAAAUUCAAUGGCGCCGAGUGCAGCUCUCCUGGUAAAAUUGACGGUGCAUUUUAUAUGGCAUCAGGGGCUGGCAAAAACCUUCAUCGUCAUCGCCACAUUGAAGGUCACUGCAAUAACAUCCACAAGGGAAAAGUGCGAGUGGGAUUCUGGGUUGGAAGCUGCAACGAUGGCCACAAACUUACUGAUGCGGAUACAGGCUGGACUACAAUGUCCCGGAUCUUCAUUGAAGAAGUGCCAAGUGCUCAACAGUAA